GACGUCAGUUCUGGGUAGCGUUAGGCAGGCGAAUCGUUGGAUGAAUGCAUUCCGGUCUGUGCUACGUCGUGAAUUACUUGUGCGCUCUGGUGUUCCGUACGGGUCUACGCGAGCCGUACGCCUGAGGGCUACAGAUCCGGAGGGGCUGGCGUAGUUGACCUACGACCCUGCUGACCUCGACAUGGCCGCCAAAGUGCUGAAUCGGGACCCGUUCUGUUCCGGCUACAUAGACAGCUUUGGCACGUGGAACAACGGGUUCGCCUGUCCGAAGCUGGAGGAGGAACCCAUGUUCUGUUGCGGCACCUCCACCUACCGCUACUGCUGUACCGACGGCGGUGAGACAGACCCGGUCGCGGUCAACCCUAGUGUGCCGCUGGUUCUCGGCGUGGUGUUCGGGACACUCAUCACUGUGGUGCUUGUGGUCAUCGCCCUCUGCCUGCUCUGGAGGUCGUGCCGCGCCUAUAAAAAGCAGCGGGGUGCUGGGGGCCCGGCGUACCGGAUGUGCUCGUCAUCGACGUCUGGCGGCGUGGCCAACAUGUACAGCUACUCGUCGGCGUCACUGGGUCGGCGGGACGGCAGGUCCGGUCGCCAGGAACUGGAGAACAUGCUGCAGGACGUGGACGAGGUUGCCGUCACCAGGCAGAGCCGGUCCAGCAACCUUAACAACACCCUCACGACCUUCACCUCAGACUGCAGCAACAGAGUGUCGUCCACGGACUCGGUGGGCACCAGCUCGGUGUCGACGAUGACCGACAGUGAGCGCCAGCUGUUUAUCGAACAGGCGCCCAGCCUGCCGCCGCCGUACCAGCUGGACUGCGAUCUCGGUGUCCCAAAGGACAAGUCGAGGGUCGCGCCCUCUCCGCUGCUGUUUUCGUUGGCUGCUGCCUCUGCGAGCACCGCCGAGCCACGAGGGUUGCCCUACGACGGCGACCUCUGCGCCUCCACCAAGCUCUGAGGCAAUCCAGCCGGAACGCCCCACGCGAAACGACGCGUGCC